CUUCUGACUCCCGGAAGAAACCACAGGUAAAAUGAGUAGUUAAGCUGAAAAGACAUUAUUCAACAGAAAACAAGAACAUAGUGCAGCAUGUCUGAUGAAAACAACCAGCUGCCCACAGACCCCAUCACUGCUGUUGGGGUGGUCACUGCACUCAGCAAAACCCCUGAAGGUUAUUAUGUCGUUGCACAAACAACAGAUGGCUCUGACGCCGACCUGUGGAAGGACGGUUUAUUCAAAUCCAAGGUCACUCGCUACCUCUGCUUCUCCAGGAAAACAGGCCCUGAAGUUCUUGUGGAUAUGAAGGUGAUUGACAUCAAGGACCCACUACCACAGUUCUUCAUACCUGUGCAAGACACCAUCGACACAAUUUUACUACAAUUUUGGCACAGAGAGAAGCAUUGUUCAGUAACACCCAAACCCUCCUGCAGUCAGAGGAGCAAGAAAAGGAUCAUUUGCUAUAAAAAUCAAAUGGAGAAAAAGUCUGAAAAAUAUUGCAACAUUUAUGUAAUUUGUGUGUAAUUAAUUAUUUUUAAAGACUUUAUUAACAUUACAUUUUGUCCAGAAAAAAGUGUCAUCUUGAAUAAAGUGGUGCCUUGCUCAAAAUAAAGCAAAAUAAUUCAUAUUUCUAA